UCAAAUAGGGUAUUUUAUAGCGAACUCUUAGUUCACGAAGGGAUGCUUUUUCGUUACACACCGAUCCGAUUACGCUCUACGCACAAAAAUGUCCUACGAAAGCCGCGGCCGCACAUGCACAAGUACAAAGAACUGAACCGUUGGCAGCGCGAGGCUCAGGGCAUUAGUAAGUGGGACCAGUCCCACUCACAUCGCCCACAGCCCACCAUCGACCGCUUCAACCCCGAGGGUGUUGGUGUAUCUCGCGGCACGUCGUCGUUCGCGUGGAAGUGGUGGUACACGCAGCAACCUUGGCUGCCUAACGUGCCGCCAGACUCCUACACCCCAGCAAAACCGGAGGGCAUUCGACCGCCAGCCUGGGAUGAGGAGUUCUCCAAAGUUGUCCUCAGCAUGAACGACGAUGAGAUAAAGACGUACCUGGUAGACAAACUAACCGAGGUUAUUUUUGUUGAAGCACAACGUGACGGUUAUGAGCUGCGUCGGCUCGAUUUUGAAGGAAACCCACUCACGGAGUUACCUGAGCGCCGCAUCAUAGAAAAUUUUGUCUUCGAAGAGGACUCGCUGCGUGAGCGUGUUCUUGACCAGGUCGUGGAGGGCAUUUUUCGCCUUUCGCCCACCUCUGACGACCGCAAGGAGCUGCGGAGCGUCGCCAAUAUUGUUGAUUUCGUUCUAACACACGUCACGACGGCGCGGGAAGCGCCACAGAGUCAUAUCACCGAGGCCGCCCGCGCCAUCAUGCGCAACCACCCGCUGCAGCCGGAGCUAGGUUUCACGCACGCAUUGCCCACAGAUAACAUGGAUGCCGUGGUGCGGGAGUGGGGGCGCAUGCAUCACUUGGAUUGGCAGUUUGGUAAUGCCGUCUAUAAGCCUCGUAAUGUUGAGAAUACACGUGGAAACUUAACUUGGCUGCGGGAGGUGCACCACCAAGCAGAUCGUGAAGCGUUUGAGCGCGAAGUUGCUAGUGGCGAAGCAAGGCGAAGACAUAUGGAGAAGAUUAAAGCUGCAUCUCAAGUAAGGGAGGACAACGCUUCUGUUUAGGAAGGGCAUCUAAAGGGGAAUCGAGGGACAAACUGCUUUUGAGUGGCUUCGAAUGAACAAAACCAGCUCUAUUUUGAUCGCCUGGUAAUAUUUCUGCAUGCAUAGAUUUGCGUUCAAAUAGCCCC